AUGGGUAAGUGCAGAGGGAUAGAGAGGAGGAGUGAGCUGGCAGCAGAGGAGGAGCAGCCGAGAGCAAUGGUGACCAGCCAAACCAGGGAGGAGCAGGAGCAGCAGUGGAAGGGGAGAAUAGCGGAAGCAGGGGAGGGAGCAGGGCAGUGGACAAACCAGAUGAGGGAGGGGGGCAACAGGGGAGGGGAAGGAGGAGCAGGAGCAGCGGGGGAAGGAUGA